AUGGAUUUCGUCACAACCCUCCUACCACGCGCCGACGAAGAACUAAACUCGCCGUAUGGAUACACUCCGACGAGAUAUGUUGCCAUCAUUUUCAUCGUGCUCUUCUCGCUGUCCACCCUCGCCCAUACAGCGCAGGCCAGCAUAUUUCGAACGUGGUGGUUGUUCCCAACAGCGUGCCUAGCUGGUGCAGUCGAAAUCCUCGGCUGGAGCGGCCGUCUCUGGUCGAGCUACAACGUUGGCAACUCAGACGCGUUCCAAAUUCAGAUUACCGCUACAAUUCUCGCUCCUACACCGCUGGUAGCCGCGAACUUCAUCAUCCUCGGAAGAAUUAUCACGCGGCUUGGACCCGUGUACAGUCGGUUGAGCCCUAAGUGGUACACCAUCGUAUUCCUUUGUUGUGAUAUCAUCUCGCUCGUCAUCCAGGGUGUUGGAGGAGGCAUGGCCGCCGUCGCCUCAGACAACAACGAAGAUCCCACACCGGGCGGCAACACAAUGCUCGGCGGUAUCAUAUUUCAAAUGAUCGCCAUUGCCUUCUACGUUGUCCUCGCACUUGAAUUCUUCAUGCGAUACCUGUGGGACCGCCCCAUACGCUCGGUCGCUAAACCCAUCCUGGGCGAACAGGAGGCCACACGGGGAGUACUUGACGGGCGUCUCAAGUUGAUGAGCAGCGCCCUAGUCUUUAGUACACUGGUCCUAUUUAUCCGAGCUGUCUACCGAACAAUUGAGUUGUCCGACGGUUGGGAUGGCCGAAUCAUCACCACGGAGGUGUACUUCAAUGUACUUGACGGAAUGAUGGUCAUAUUUGCUAUGGUAGCUAUCAACAUCGCUCACCCAGGUCUCCUCCUACCGACAAAUCAUGGCUCCUCGUACGUUAUGCGCGAGAAGAGUGCAGACGAAUCUACUCGGACUCUGGCUUAA